GUACUCCAAUUCUUCGUCGAGGUGGUUAGUCAUACUUGUUCACCAGGACGGGGAGAGAUUUUGGUUCGCAGUCAAGGAAGCCAGUCUGAUGGUGAAUCUUCCAAAUCAGGACAGUUCUUUUCACCCAAUUGGCCUAAGACGUUUGAGCCGGGGAGGAGAUGUGUCUAUCGGUUUAUCGCGGCCAGUGGGGAAAAAGUCCACCUGCGAUUUCAACACUUUCAACUCGGUGGAAAAAUGCCAUUAUGUACAGAGGAUUUUCUAGAUGUUUAUAUUGAUGUCGCUUCAUCAACGCUCGACACCGACCGUGAGAAUGCAGUUUUGAGCCACAUGGCAUCUGGUGAACCGCCAACUACCACACCGUUUUCGGCUGCUGUGUACUCAUCUGUACUCGACCGAUCCGCAUUACUGGGGCGUUAUUGUGGAAACUAUUUAGCGGAUUCUCGAUUACAAUUUGUCAGUCUACACCGGGAAAUCGUUUUGGAUUUUUAUGCAAAUCUCGAAGGAUUAUCAAAACAGUGGGCUUAUUCUGGAUACUCAGCCUUGGGAUUUGAAGGAACAUAUGAAUUUGUCGGUGAC